ACCCCGGUGCUCCCUCUCGUAUAGAGAUCGUGGAUGAGCUGUGAGCAGCUCUAGGAAUGCACGCUCUGGAAAGCGAACGAUACGCGUCAGUUUUGUUUUCAAACUCAGCGUCCCCGUUGUAACUAUACAAUUGUUUGGAAUCAACACUUCCCCGUACCCUGCCCUGCCCUACGGGGGUUGGGAAUGUCUGCCGUUACGUAGCGAGCAGCAAACGAAACCGAAAGCCACAUCGGGGUUCAUGUUAAAUGCCCGGGAACUGCGGCAGCCAGAGAAUUGCUGACGCCGAGCCGGCGACUCCGGCUCCUUCGGCCGCCGCCGUAUCCCCCGCUCCCGGUAGCAGCAGAGCCGGCCCGGGUGCCGUCAGCGCAGCGAUGUCGGAGGAGUGUCGAGACGAGCGUUUCCUCUACAUGAUCUCCUGCUUCAGGCCGCGACUGAAGCGCUGUAUCCGGGUGUUGCCGGUGCUGGACUGGAUGCACUCUCUGAGCCCGGAGGAGAAGGACAGGGUGCGGACUGCGGCGCAGAAUCGCGGCGAGGUGGAUGGGGCCGAGGAGCUGCUGCGCGCCGUGGAACGCGGACCCCACGGCUCCGGGUGGUUCAAUGAGUUCGUGAUGGCGUUGAAGAAAGGUGGCUGUGACCUGGCUGCUUGCUACGUGAACCCCAGCCAGCUGCCCUCGCCCCGGGAGGAGGACGACCACGACCUCUGCGUACACCUGGUGCAGCUGCUGCACGGCACGCUUGUGGAUAACAUGCAGACCAGAGAGGUGGCCGUGAAGUGCUUGGAGCUGGGCAUCUUCCAGGAGGAGGACCUGGUUAGGAUUGAGGCUGUUACUGAUAGUCGUGGGAACAGAGACGGUGCAAGGGAGCUGUUGAGCAGAAUAGUGCAGAAGAAGGACUGGUUCUCUCAGUUCUUGGUUGCUCUGCGAGAAACCCAACAUGAAAGCCUUGCAGAUGAUUUAAGUGGAAGUACAGGAGGAAUAGAGAAUAAAGACAGUGAGUUGAAGAACAAUACAAGGCAAGAAACAGAAGCUGCAAGCCAACCAGGAAAUGCUGAAAUGGAGGAUCUGAAAGGGCAAGAAAAUCUGGACAACAGUUUUGUCAGAGAGAACAGUGUAUUGGAAGCAUCUGUUGGAAAGAACUCAGUAGUUCCAGAAUCAGUUGUCGCUGUGGGAGAUGCAAGUGUCAGUAACUCACAUGAAAACCUGGGAUGGAGAAGCACAAACAGUGAUUCAGGUGAAGAUGAAGCAGAGGGCAGAGCUUCACCUGAGCCAGAUCUCACCCUGAGAGAUUACCAGAUGGAAGUUGCAAAACCAGCUCUGAAUGGAGAGAAUAUUAUAAUAUGUCUCCCUACUGGCAGUGGCAAAACCAGAGUGGCUGUUUACAUUACCAAAGAUCACUUGGAUAAGAAGAAAAGAGCAUCAGAGCAAGGAAAAGUUAUAGUACUUGUUAAUAAGGUACCAUUAGUGGAACAGCAUUUACGAAAGGAGUUUAAUCCAUUCCUGAAACGCUGGUAUCAAGUUAUUGGUUUGAGUGGUGACUGUGAGCUGAAAAUCUCAUUUCCUGAAGUUGUCAAAAGAAAUGAUGUCAUCAUCUGUACAGCACAGAUCCUGGAGAAUUCACUGCUAAAUGCAAGCGAGGAAGAUGAAGGUGUCCACUUGUCAGAUUUUUCACUCAUCAUUAUUGAUGAGUGCCAUCACACUCAAAAGGAGGCUGUUUACAACAACAUCAUGCGACGUUACUUAAAACAAAAGAUGAAGAACAAAAAGCACGCAAAAGAAAAUAAACCCCUGAUUCCACAGCCUCAGAUUCUGGGACUUACAGCCUCACCUGGAGUCGGAGGUGCGAGAACCAACAAGAAAGCUGAAGAACAUAUUCUGAAAAUCUGUGCUAAUCUUGAUGCGCGCAGAAUCAUGACUGUUAAAGAGCAUGCCUCCCAGCUAAAGAGUCAGGUGAAGGAGCCAUUUAAGAAGACUGUGAUUGCAGAUGACAAAAGAAGGGAUCCAUUUAGAGAAAGAAUCAUUGAGAUCAUGCAAGAUAUUCACAAAUAUUGCCAGCUCUAUCCAAAAUCUGAGUUCGGAUCUCAGCCAUAUGAGCAGUGGGUGAUUAGGGAAGAAAGAAAAGCUGCAAAAGAAGAAAGACGCAAGGAACGUGUCUGUGCAGAACACUUGAAGAAAUAUAACGAUGCACUGCAAAUUAAUGAUACCAUUCGAAUGAUUGAUGCAUACAAUCACCUUAAUAACUUUUAUAAGGAGCUAAAAAGAAAGAAGACAGCAGGGAGUGAUGAUGAUGAUGAAGAACCAUUAGUAUCAAAACAAGAUGAAACAGAUGGAUUUUUAAUGGAUUUGUUUCAUGCAAAAAAGAAACAACUGAAAGAGCUGGCUAGAAAACCAGAAUAUGACAAUGAGAAGCUAAUGAAGCUCCGAAACACUUUAAUGGAAGAGUUCACAAAGACUGAAGAAUCUAGAGGGAUUAUUUUCACGAAGACUCGACAAAGUGCCUUUGCUCUAUACCACUGGAUUAAGGAUAACCCAAAAUUUGAAGAAGUGGGAAUCAAAGCUCAUUAUCUUAUUGGUGCUGGACACAAUAGUGAAACUAAACCUAUGACUCAGAAUGAACAGAAGGAAGUCCUUGAUAAAUUCCGAUUUGGAAGUAUAAAUUUACUUAUUGCUACUACUGUAGCUGAGGAAGGCCUAGACAUCAAAGAGUGCAACAUUGUGGUGCGCUAUGGGCUGAUGACCAACGAGAUCGCCAUGGUGCAGGUAGGAGUUUACUGCAUACCUAACUUAUUUUUAAAAGUGCUUUUUUGUCUUAUGCCUGGUGUAGAAAAGAUAAGAGGAUGUGACAAGAGUCCUGGCUGAAACUGUCUUUGUGUAAUGUGCAGAAGAUGGACUUUUAAGUUUUUUCACAUUUUCAGCCUAUGAUUAAUGAUACUUUCAUUGCUUUAAUGACCACUGGACAAUACAUCAACUCUCCAAUUCAUAUAAUAAAUGAAAUGUAUAAAUAUAAAGACAUUUGUACUACCAAAUGCCAAAAAGGGAUAGUUGCAUGUAAUAACAUCAGUUGUCUAUGUUCUUAUUUAAUUUGUAAAUAACAUUUAAGGUACUUAUAUGCAUGCAUAUUUUUUUGGCGACAGAACACAGUUUUUGCUUUGCAAAAUGUUGGGCUAAUGACAAAUCUCCUGAAUACUAGGAGUAUUCUUAGUACCUAGUAAGUACCUAUUUCAUAGGUAUCUUCAAUGGUAAUAGAGAAACAGUAUAUGGUAUUGACUGCAGUAAGACUGUUGUACCUGUCUGUUGUUCCAAAUAGGAACAAUGUAUGAUAUUACAGGGAUUGUUGUUUUUUUUAUACUUUGCAAACUGUAGGCCCGUGGCCGAGCUCGAGCUGAUGAGAGCACUUAUGCACUUGUGGCUUCAACUGGCUCAGGAGCUGUUGAACGUGAAGAUGUCAAUAUUUUCCGUGAAGAUAUGAUGUAUAAGGCCAUUCAGCACGUCCAGGAGAUGCCACCACAAGAGUAUUUAAAUAAGAUUCAGGACUUCCAGUUGCAAAGUAUAAUGGAAGAAAAAAUGAAGGCAAAGAGAAAUCAACAUAAGACUUAUAAGAAAAACCCUUCACUAAUAACAUUCCUAUGCAAGAACUGCAACAAGCUGAUAUGUUCUGGAGAAGAUAUACAAGUUAUUGAAGAUAUGCAUCAUGUCAGUGUGAAAAAGGAUUUCCAACAUCUUUACCAUACAAGCGAAAACAGGACACUGCAAGACAAGAAUGAUGAUUGCCUGACAAACGUGGAGAUUAUAUGUAAAGAUUGUGGACAAGCUUGGGGAAAUAUGAUGGUUUAUCGAGGUCUUAACCUGCCUUGUCUAAAUAUUAGAAAUUUUGUGGUUGCUUUUGGAGACAAGAAAACUACAAAGAACAUUUACAAGAAAUGGAGAGAACUGCCCACCAGGUUUCCUAAGUUUAAUUAUUCAGCUCAUUGUCCUUCAAGUGAUGAAGAUUAAAGACUCUGAAUGAAAAUAAAAGACUUUCAGAUCUUCUCUGUGUGUUGUUUAGAAGCUCCUGUGUCCUCUAGAGUUCUGCACCAUAAGCACUGCAUCAUAAACACUGUGAAGGCUCCUGAAUUCCUUUAAAAAAAAAAAAAAGCCUUGAAGAGAUAAAAGGCCCAAGGAAGGAGAUGGACAGAGUCAUGUGGUACUGUCUGUGCUUCAAUUUGUUCUUAUUCUCCAGAACAAAGAACAAAUGCAUCGUAGUGUUGUGCAUCCGUGGAACAAAUUCCCUUCUCAGCACUGUCCAGAGUGGGUUGAUAACACUUGAAUGCAUGUUAGGUGACCUGACUUCAAGCACAGAAUGUGAGACAGACUUCUUGAGACUUGCCACGAUAGUUUUCAGUUCUACUUUCUUCUACAAUCUUCAUGAAUAUAAGAUGUCUUAAAAAAGAAUCCAUGUAAGGAGAACAAAUUAAUUGAUGAUUAUUUUUGAGUUGUUGCUUCUUCAUUGUUUCCAUGAUUUAGUCUUUCACCUUAUCUAUGGCUGUAAGCUUAUAGAUUUUUAUGGAGUAAAAUUAAGUUUUCAUUAAAAGACAUUUCAAAAAAUCAAGCCCUUAAAAUUACUUGAAACUGAUAAUUUUAAUCUCCAUGAAGCACAAUGCCAAGUAACUUUCUGUGUGUUAGUUUCACAGGUUUGUUAAACUGACUAAGCAAUGAGGUAUCUAUAUAUUUUUUUCCAAUAAAAGACUCUAAUGAAUAACAUUUGCCAACUUUGAUGCCGUUUAGUCUGUUUCAUUGUAAUUAUUUUGACAGCAAUAAAAGUACAGUUUCACCCUAGAAAAGUAAGGAAUAUUGGUAUUCUGACUGUAAAAAUAGCAAAAUGCAUCUCUGUAAUUAUCUUAUUGACAGAUUUUUCUUCUCUCUUUCACAUAAGAUAUUGGAGUGAGAGAUCUGUUUGUUACAACAGCCAGCUUUGUAAACUCAGUGGUAUGUUUACUGGAAUGGACGUGUAAACACUUCAGUAGCCUAAGGUAAAAUUUCUAAGUUGCAAUUAAGCUAAAGAGUACAACUCAGAAAAAAGAAUCUUCUUACACCUAGAUUUGUUCUACAUUCUCAAUAGAAAUAAAAGUACUUUGUAAAUUA